AUGAUUCUGUUGUGGGUUACACUGCUCCUCUUUGGUCAGGGAUAUACGCUGGUUCCAGUGACCACGGGUCAACUUGGUGAAACUGUGACUUUGACCUGUAUUUUGCCAGAUGAAGAGCACAGUAGUACUGCUCUCCACUGGUACAAGCAGGGUGCAGGAGAUACUUUGAAACUGAUUGCAAAGCAAGUGAAAAACAAGAUUCCUGACUCUGUACCAGCAGAUUUUAUCUCAAGACUGAAUGUAACGUAUGAUGGAAAAAUCAGCCACCUGACCAUUUUCAAGACGAUUCAAGACGAUGAAGGAAUGUAUCACUGUGCUAAGAUCGACUGGACUAAGAAUACGUGGAACGGGAUGUAUUUAUCAUUAAAAGGGAACAGUGAGAGGACGUCAGACUAUACUGUUGUUCAGACAGCAUCAGAUCCAGCCCGUCCAGGAGACUCAGUGACUCUGCAGUGUUCAGUCUUCUCUGACUCUGAGGAUAAGACGUGUCCAAGAAAUCUCAGUGCGUUCUGGUUCAAAACUGGAUCAGAUAAAUCUCUUCCACAGAUCAUCUACACUGAUGGAAACAUACAUAAUGAAUGUGACAAGAGAUCUCACCCUCAGAAGAAAUGUGUUUAUAAUUUCUAUAAGAACAUCAGCUCCUCUGAUGAUGGGAUUUAUUACUGCGCUGUGGCCACAUGUGGAGAGAUUUUAUUUGGAGAUGGAACUAAAGUGGUAACUGUUUCAGGACCCAGUUUGUGGUCACAGGAUGUCAGAGCAGUUAUUUUCCUACUGAGUUUUGUCUUGGCUCUAAGUCUGAUUGUUAUAGCCGUCCUCAUUUAUGCCACAAACAAAAACACCUGUGAGCAUUGUGAAGCUGCAGCUGUGUUGCAGAAAUGUAGCAGUGGUCAGAAAAGCCAGCAGACAGAUGAGGACAGAUUGGUCUAUUCUGCUGUCGUCUUCGCCAUGAUGAAAACGGACACCAGAGCAAUAAAGGAAGCAGCAGAGAAACAGAGGAGCUACGCUAAUAUCAAGGCUUUUGGGUUAAACUAGUCAGUUAAUUGAUGCUUGAUGUCACUUCGUCUUCAGUAUUCAACUUUGUGUUUGCUUAGAGUCAAAAGACAUAGUAUAGUUUUUAGAAUCACGUGUAUUACUUGGUCUUUAUAAAUAUGUUUUGACUUUAUGUUUAAAGGUGUUUGGAGUGAAAUGAUAUUUCUCAUGAAAAAGUUAUUGAAUACAUGAAAGGAGAGUCUACAAACUGUCUUUCCAUGAAAAGAAAAAUUAGGCCUAAACCUUAUGAUAAUGUAAUAAUAGGUUCCAAGUCAAAAUAUGUCAACUGUGUUGUUGCUUUAUUUCACCACUUAAACAAAAUUUUCUGUUUUCUUGUCUUGAUCCUACCUUAAGUAAGGUAAUUAUUUGACAGGCAAAAUGAAUCAGUUAUUGAGAAGCUUGGUAAAUUAACAAAACAUUAAUUAUAAAAGAAGAACAUUGAUUUUAAAUCAGACCCUAGAAUCGAUAGUGGGGCAGCUAAACUUUUUAAAAGUUGGAUCAUCAUACAUGAAUCAUGUUUAGAUAGACUUUAAUGCUGCAAUACUGUUUUACUUGAAUUGCUUUUUUCUUGUUACAUUCCUGUGUGUAUGUUUUCAACCUGCUUGUCAACAUAAUCAGCUUUUUUAUUAACCCUUUCAAGCAAACU